GAGAGAGAGAGAGCGCGCAGUCCUCCGCAGCGCACAUCUGCACCGCCAGGCAAAGAAACAGUCCGCUCGCUUCUCACAGCGCUACUGGCUGCGGGACUGCUUCCAUGAAAAGGAUUAUUACAACGUUUGUUUCCAGAAGCCGAUGAGAUAUAAACUCCCAGACAUCCCACUUUUCUGGGCUCAGUAAUCGGCUUUUUGUUUUUUAUGGGUUUAGUCUCCAAGCAACCGUCACAGAUCGACUGAAAGCAUAAGAGAAAAUGAUGAACAACAGAGAUCGCUGCAGGGUGUACAAGAGGGUGAGUGUCAUGUUUUUCCUGGCUGUCGUGGCGCUGACUGUCGUCCAGAGGGGGAGCAUCAAUAUGGGGACUCCCUUCGAACUCGAGAGGCAGGCACGCAUGGAUGCCUCUGCGGGAGUGGAGCCUGGAGCCGCUUUGGAAGAGAAGAGUGGCUCUUACAUGGGGUUAAAAGGCUUCUGGAAGUCGAGCAAAAAACAGCCAGCGCCUGAAGUUAAGGCCACAACGCAGAAGCCAAGAAUCACAGAGGACAGCAGCCCUAAAACGUGGGAUGUAACCAGCUCUAACUGUACUGCCAACCUCAACCUCUCAAGUCAGGACUGGUUCAGGGGCCUGGAGCAAAAUUUCAAGCAGUUCAUGCUUUUUCGACACUGCCGUUACUUCCCGAUGCUCUUCAACCACCCAGAGAAGUGCGCUGGGGACAUAUAUUUGCUCAUGGUUAUAAAAUCUGUGGCCACCCAGCACGAUCGCAGGGAGGUCAUCCGAAAAACCUGGGGCAAAGAGCAGGUGGUUGAUGGCAAGAGGAUUAAGACCCUCUUCCUUCUUGGUAAACCUUCCAAUGAGGCAGAGAGAGCGAACCAUCAGAAGCUAGUGGAGUACGAGGACUACAUCUACGGCGACAUCCUCCAGUGGGACUUCCAUGAUAGCUUCUUCAACCUCACGCUUAAGGAGACUCACUUCCUCAAGUGGUUCCACACUUACUGCCCCAGCGUACGCUACGUCUUCAAGGGGGACGAUGAUGUGUUUGUCAGCGUGGAGAAUAUCUUUGAGUUUCUAGAAAGCAGCAAGCACACAAAGAACCUGUUUGUGGGGGAUGUGAUCUUCAAGGCUAAGCCCAUUCGUAAAAAAGAAAACAAAUACUACAUCCCCCAGGUUCUGUAUAAUAAGACACACUACCCUCCAUAUGCAGGUGGAGGGGGUUUUCUGAUGGAUGGGACCCUGGCAAGGAGGCUUCACUGGGUAGCAGACACCCUGGAGCUCUACCCCAUCGAUGAUGUCUUCUUGGGCAUGUGUCUGGAGGUGCUUCAGGUCACUCCUGUAAAACACAACGCCUUUAAGACGUUUGGCUUGGUGAAAAAUAAAAACAGUAAAUUGAACAGAGAACCCUGUUUCUUUAAGAGCAUGAUUGUGGUGCACAAGCUGCUUCCGUCGGACCUCAUGCACAUGUGGAAUCUGGUCAACAGUGACCUGGUCUGCUCACAAAAAGUGGAGAUCCUAUAGCUUGAUGGGAACACCAGGUAAGGACAGCACCAAAAGAGCUGAGCUACACCUCGGUGGAUACAAGUAUGACUCAUGAAAGUCAAAAGGCAAAUUUCCCUCUUUGUGGAGAGCGGCCAUGGACAAUUUUUGAAUUUACUGUUUCUGUGCAGUCAUGCAAUUUCAAUUUUUGGAGGAGCUUCCUCAAAAGUCAAGUAAAUUAUACAGAGUUUUUAAAGGUUGACCUAGAAUCGUGUAUUUAUAUAGGCUUUGAAGGACUAACACUGUCAGCACGCAGAUUCUGAGACAACAACCAAAGUUGAGUUGCUGCAUCAAUGGGCACACUAAGGAGGACAGUUAUUUCCCCUGCCUUCCACCUUGUGGCCGAACCUGUAUUUGUUUUUCCUUAUGGUUAGAUAAGUUUUUCAUGGGCCAAGUAUCCAGAAGCCUUGUGUCAGUGAGUUGGCACCAAAUCAACAAUGAUAGCUAACCCAUUAAUGUGAAUACACCUAAAAAAAUUAAGUUAAGUUAAAAUCUGUUGGGAGGGCAAGUGAUAAAACCAUGAAUAUGUUGAAUUUGCAGUAACAUAUCGCGCUUUCAGAUAGGUCAGAUGGAAAUAAUGUUUGCUGUAGUUUAUUCUUGAAAAAUAAUGGGCAGUUACUAUUAGUGUGUGCUCUGGAAACUUGGGUUCGAAAAGCCAUUGCACACGCUGCACAACCUGUAGUUAUGCAAGCCUUUUGGGGUUUGCAGUAAGUGUUACACAUUGCCGCCAGUAUGGCAUGCUGCAGUGGCUUCAAAUAGUUUCAGUUAAGAGACAGAAACAACUCUCUCUACCUCAUUGAUUUGGUAUAAAAAGAAAAACUCCUAAUGUUCAUCAUUGGUCAGCUUUUCUACUGUAAGUGUAACCAUGAAACCAUUAUCUUGAUAUGCAGUACACGUUCCUAAAGUAAGAUUUUAAUCACACUUAGAGGUCCUUGCACUCAUUUUUUCUGGAAUGUGACUGACUUGAUCUGGACGUCUACUACUCUUAUACUACUGGAAACUUUAAAACAAAAUUUCUAAACUUGUUACUUGUAUGCUGUUUGUGGAUUUGAAUGUGCUGAUAUACUUGACAUGGAUUUGGUAGAGGGUUUACAAUGACACUGUGAACUAAAACUAUUGCUGGUACGAGUAUCUGACAUAUUAAUUUAAUCAUCCCCCAAUGAAAAGGGGCAAAUGUGGGGUUCUUCUAUUUAAUUUAAAAUAUCAGAUGAGGAUAUUAAUGGAAUGUUCAAUGAUUAUAAAGACGAAUGUUGUGGGUGUAGCGGGUGGUGAUUAUGUCUAGGUGAUGUAAAUAUAUGUAAAAAUCAAAAUGUACAUAAAAUGUCCUUUGUAA